AAAAAAAAAAAAAAGCAAGGGGAGUUAAGUUCUCGGGACGCAGGGAAGUUCUCGGCACACUAAUGUUCGGCGCUCUCCAUGACCGAGAAGACGCAGACAUCCUCGAGAAGUGAGCUGCACCCAGGCACCAGGACACCGGAGAGGCGCUCAGCUGAGGCACGGGAGGAAGAGGAGAGGAGGGAGAGAGAGAGAGAGAAAGAGAGAGAGAGAGAUAGGGACCCUAUCGCGCUCUCCCUAUUGAGGUCUUCGGCUGCUCGCGUCUCACGACUGGUAAGCAGAUGCGCUUCUCACUUUGGAGAGACUCAGGUGUGGCUGCUCUUCAGGACCAUGUCUAGUAAAGCGACGUUAGCCUUGCUCAUCUACGGCAUCAUGAUGCAUUACAGGGUCUACUGCUCACCUGUGGGGCUCAGCUUCCCCUCCGUUAGACUCGACAGUGAGGUUUACGACGAGGGCGGGAACUCGUUCCCGUCGCUGGACUACGACGGGGAGCCGGCGGACGCCGCGUCGGUCGGGGACGACGUCUUCACGCUGUACUACCCGCCGGACACAAGAACGGAGAGGCACGCGGACGGCAUGUUCAACAAAGCCUACAGGAAGGCGCUGGGUCAGUUAUCAGCCCGGAAAUACCUGCACUCUCUGAUGGCAAAGCGCGUGGGAGGGGGGAAAACGAUGGACGACAGCUCAGAGCCCCUCUCCAAGAGGCACUCGGACGGCAUCUUCACGGACAGCUACAGCCGCUACCGAAAGCAAAUGGCGGUCAAGAAGUACCUGGCGGCAGUCCUUGGGAAAAGCCUCGGAGACGUAGGUUUUCACCGUAUCCUUCAAGACAUAGACUUUGAUGCCCUCCCGGACGGGGAUGAGUUUGAGGCUUUUUUGGGAGACUGGCUGAAACAGUUCUCUCCCGAAUUCCCGGUGAGUUUCAGGGUCUGAGGCCGUAAUCCUCGCGGGGGGGGGGCUCUCGCGUCCCUCCUCUUCCUCCUCUCACCUUUUAACCCUCAAACACUCCACACUUCUUCCGCCUCACUUGUGCUCCUGUCUCCCCAUGGCCUCGCACAUUUUGAAUCGCUUCGUGUUGUGCACAUCAUUUCUUUAUGAAUGCACACCGGGUGACGUCAUGACGGUUCGAUUAGUAGAUCUGGCUCAGAACAAAUUACUUGAAGCCCUUUCAAAAUGAUCAAUGAUAUCAAUUUUUUUUAAGUAAGUAAAAUGGGAUUCUUGGAAAAAAAAGAUAAAAUCCCAAACCUGAGGUGAGGACCCGGAGCACUUUUGAGGUUGUUCUUGUCGUGACAGAGUGAGCUCACACCUGUGACUCUUAUAAAUCUUGCGUUUCUACCGACUGGUUUCUUCUGAAGGUGCCUCACGGCUCUCUGCCCAUAGAACAAGUAUCACUAAGAUCUCAAGCACCCUUUGGCAAAUUUGAAAA